GCACCAAUCUAUGGCACACACAUGAUGAAGAGACAGGGAUCGGACCAAGAUGUGGGAUGUAGCCUGUUAUCCGGUACAUGCAACCCAGUCGAGCCUUUUUUCUCAGUCGCCCCUGCAAUAAUCUUACCGACUUGGAGGCCUAUGUGAUGAAAUAUAAAUGGCUUGAGCCUGCUUCCACUGAACUAUUACCUCGCAGUUAAUCACCAACUCUCUCACACUCACUGACUUCAUCGCCCAAGAUGCGUUUUUCAUUCAUUACCUUUGCUACUUGCGCUCUUGCUGCCGCGCCCUUUUUGGACGAACCUGACACUGGCAUUGACCAGCAACUUGCUGCCUUCGUCGCUAAUAAAACCGUCCCUCCUCUCAAGUCCCUCGUCGGACUGCCCGAUUUCCAAUGGGUCGGUCGUAACUUCAUGAACGUCUCGUCCUACACGUACUACCGCAACGGUGCUGCUGGCGAGUGGUCUUACCGCAACAACCUUGAAGUCUUUGCUCGCUAUCGACUUCGCCCACGUGUUCUACGCGACAUCACCAAUGUUGCAGCCUCUAUCCCAACAACCAUCCUUGGCCAUAACUUCUCAGCUCCUUUCUUCAUCGCCCCAUGUGCUCGUGGUGGAUAUGCCAACGCUGAAGGUGAAGUGGGUCUUGUCCAGGGUGCCGCGAAGGCCAACAUCCUCUACAUGCCCUCGCUCUUCUCAUCAAAGACCAUGGACGAAAUCUACGCUGCUCGCCCUAACGGCUCUGAGCAAGUUCUCUUCCAACAGGUUUACCUGACCGAAGACAUGUCAGCUACCACGAAGCUGUUCCAGAAGAUUGAGAAGAUGGGUGCCAAGGCUAUUGUCCUUACCAUCGACUCCCCUGGUGAUGGUAUCAGGCACCGUGCUGCACGCUACAGUGUCGGAUCCGCAGAUUCGUCCCUCAGCCUUCUCACCUGGGACCUUUACCACAAACUUACCAACCUCACCUCUCUUCCCAUCAUCCCCAAGGGUAUCCAGACCGUCGAGGAUGCUGAGGAGGCCAUCAAGAACGGCGUCAAGGCUAUUUUCCUCUCCAACCACGGCGGUCGUCAAGUCGACACAUCGCCCUCUUCCCUCCAAGUUGCCCUCGAGAUCUACAAGAAGGAUCCUUCAAUCUUCAACAAAAUCGAGGUCUACGCUGACGGCGGUGUCCGAUACGGCACUGACAUCCUGAAGCUCCUUUCUCUCGGCGUAAAGGCCGUCGGUGUUGGCAGGCCUUUCAUGUUCGCCAACAUCUACGGAGCUGAGGGUGUCGCCAGGGCCGCCGAGAUGCUCAGGUACGAGCUUCUCAACGACGCCGCCAACACCGGUAUCGCCGAUAUCAAGAAGAUGGGCCCCGAGUUUGUUAACUGGAAGGCCUCCAGCAUCUGGGUUGGCAGCGACGAGCUCUAAAUCGCUUGAUGUUUGGAAGAUACCCCCCCUUCACUUCUUGAAUGUACAUAUAUACAUGUUUUCUUUUCCAGGUGUAUGUAUAUACUUUUUGCAUAUAGACUACCCCAACAAAAUUUGUUCUUUACCUCUGAACCUGAAAUCCUUCACACCCAAUUCAUUCAAUUAGUGAUGAUAAUGAUUAUGACGAAAUGCGAAACCAGGAAAAAG